CAUCCCAGCUAUAGGGACCCUCGAGCCUCGUCCCUCAGCUCGGACUCGCCGUACCGGCGCGAUGGCCUCGGAAGUGGUGUGCGGGCUCAUCUUCAGGCUGCUGCUCCCCAUCUGCCUGGCAGUAGCAUGUGCGUUCCGAUACAAUGGGCUCUCCUUUGUCUACCUUAUCUACCUCUUGCUCAUUCCUCUGUUCUCAGAACCAACAAAAGUGACCAUGCAAGGACACACGGGACGGUUAUUGAAGUCUCUGUGCUUCACCAGUCUUUCCUUCUUGUUGCUGCACAUCAUUUUCCACAUCACUUUGGCUAGCCUUGAAGCUCAACAUCGUAUUGCACCUGGUUACAACUGCUCAACCUGGGAAAAGACAUUUCGGCAGAUUGGCUUUGAAAGCUUAAAGGGAGCUGAUGCUGGCAAUGGGAUCCGAGUGUUUGUGCCUGAUAUCGGGAUGUUCAUCGCUAGUCUGACCAUCUGGCUUGUCUGUAGAAACAUUGUUCAGAAACCAGUUACAGAAGAAGCUGCACAAUAUAAUCUGGAGUUUGAAAAUGAAGAAUUGGCUGGAGGAGAAAAAAUAGAUUCAGAAGAGGCACUGAUUUAUGAAGAGGAUUUAGAUGGAGGAGAUGGUGCCGAAGGCGAGUUGGAAGAAAGUGCGAAAUUGAAGAUGUUCCGCAGGCUCGCCUCUGUAGCUUCCAAGCUUAAGGAGUUCAUUGGCAACAUGAUAACCACGGCGGGAAAAGUCGUCGUGACCAUCUUGUUGGGCUCCUCAGGUAUGAUGUUGCCAUCUUUGACCUCAUCUGUGUAUUUCUUUGUAUUUUUGGGUCUGUGCACCUGGUGGUCCUGGUGCCGGACAUUCGAUCCAUUGCUGUUCAGCUGCCUCUGUGUUCUGCUGGCUAUUUUCACUGCUGGACAUUUGAUUGGACUUUAUUUAUAUCAGUUCCAGUUCUUUCAAGAAGCAGUUCCACCCAAUGACUACUAUGCAAGGUUGUUUGGUAUCAAGUCAGUAAUUCAGACAGACUGUUCCAGCACUUGGAAGAUUAUAGUGAACCCGGACCUGUCGUGGCAUCACCACGCCAAUCCCAUCCUCCUGCUGGUGAUGUACUACACUCUGGCAACUUUGAUCCGCAUCUGGCUACAGGAGCCCCUUGUACAGGAAGAGAGGACCAAAGAUGAGGACAGAGCCCUGGCUUGUAGCCCCAUCCAGAUAACAGCCGAGAGGAGGCGAAGCCUGUGGUAUGCAACCCACUACCCAACCGACGAGAGAAAACUUUUAUCCAUGACCCAAGAUGACUACAAACCAUCUGAUGGCCUGCUGGUGACUGUAAAUGGCAACCCUGUGGAUUAUCACACCAUCCACCCCAGUCUGCCCAUGGAGAAUGGCCCUGCCAAAGGCGACCUGUACUCCACUCCCCAGUACCGGUGGGAGCACUCCGAGGAGUCCUCAGAAAAGAAAGAGGAAGAAGAGGAUGAGAAAGAAGAAUUUGAAGAGGAAAUGAGGAGUCAUGAGGAAAAAAGAAGUGUUAAAGUCCAUGCCAUGGUCUCUGUCUUCCAAUUUAUUAUGAAACAGAGUUACAUCUGUGCCCUUAUCGCUAUGAUGGCUUGGAGCAUCACCUACCACAGCUGGUUGACUUUUGUGCUGUUGAUCUGGUCAUGCACUCUCUGGAUGAUUCGUAACAGAAGAAAAUAUGCCAUGAUAAGCUCUCCCUUCAUGGUGGUUUAUGGAAAUCUAUUGCUGAUAUUGCAGUAUAUAUGGAGUUUUGAACUUCCUGAAAUUAAAAAGGUGCCAGGGUUUUUAGAAAAGAAAGAGCCAGGGGAACUUGCUUCAAAGAUUCUUUUCACUAUUACUUUUUGGCUACUGCUGAGACAGCACCUCACGGAGCAGAAAGCUCUCAGGGAAAAGGAAGCUCUUUUAGCUGAAGUCAAAAUUGGAAGUCAAGAAAACGAAGAAAAAGAUGAUGAACUUCAAGAUAUACAAGUGGAAGGUGAGCCCAAAGAGAAGGAAGAAGAAGAGGAACCAAAGGAAGAGAAGCAAGAGAGAAAGAGGGAAGAGGAAGAAGAAGAAAUAGAAGAAGAUGAUGAUCAGGACAUCAUGAAAGUGCUAGGCAACUUGGUGGUGGCCAUGUUCAUCAAGUAUUGGAUCUAUGUCUGUGGAGGCAUGUUUUUCUUCGUCAGCUUCGAGGGUAAAAUUGUAAUGUACAAAAUCAUCUACAUGGUGCUUUUCCUGUUCUGUGUGGCCUUGUAUCAGGUGCACUAUGAAUGGUGGAGAAGAAUCCUGAAAUACUUUUGGAUGUCAGUAGUUAUUUACACUAUGCUGGUGCUUAUUUUUAUUUAUACAUAUCAGUUUGAAAACUUCCCAGGCUUGUGGCAAAAUAUGACUGGAUUGAAAAAAGAAAAGCUUGAGGAUCUUGGCUUAAAGCAGUUUACUGUGGCCGAAUUAUUCACUCGCAUAUUCAUCCCAACCUCCUUCCUGCUAGUGUGCAUUUUACACCUUCACUAUUUCCACGACCGGUUCCUGGAACUCACAGACCUCAAUUCUAUUCCUAGCAAAGAAGACAACACCAUAUACAGGUUGGCCCACCCUGAGGGAAGCCUUCCAGACCUCACCAUGAUGAAUCUUAGUGCCAGCUUAGAAAAGCCAGAGGUGAAGAAGUUGACUGAGUCUGGGGAGAAGUCAGAGGGAUGCUCUGAAAAAGAUGAGAAUGGAGAACCUGGGAAAGACAGCGAGGAGUCCGAGGAGGAUGAAGAGGAAGAGGAGGAAUCAGAGGAGGAAGAAGAGACAUCAGAUUUAAGGAAUAAAUGGCAUCUGGUAAUAGACCGCCUCACUGUGCUCUUCUUAAAGUUCCUGGAGUAUUUUCACAAGCUGCAGGUGUUCAUGUGGUGGAUUUUGGAGCUGCAUAUCAUCAAAAUUGUUUCAUCAUACAUUAUCUGGGUUUCCGUGAAAGAGGUGUCUCUGUUCAACUAUGUAUUUUUGAUUUCUUGGGCUUUUGCUCUGCCAUAUGCCAAGUUGCGUCGUCUAGCUUCAAGUGUCUGCACUGUUUGGACGUGUGUGAUUAUCGUCUGCAAAAUGUUGUACCAGCUCCAAACCAUCAAGCCUGAGAACUUUUCUGUUAACUGUUCCUUGCCAAAUGAAAAUCAAACAAACAUACCACUUAGUGAGCUGAACAAGUCUCUACUCUACAAUGCUCCUAUUGAUCCAACAGAGUGGGUUGGCCUGAGGAAGUCUUCUCCUUUGCUUGUCUAUUUGAGGAAUAAUCUUCUGAUGCUGGCUAUUCUGGCCUUUGAAGUUACAAUUUACCGUCAUCAAGAAUACUAUCGAGGUCGAAACAACCUUACAGCCCCGGUGUCCAAAACUAUCUUUCAUGACAUUACAAGACUACAUCUAGAUGAUGGACUUGUUAAUUGUGCCAAAUAUUUCAUAAAUUACUUCUUCUACAAGUUUGGGUUAGAGACCUGUUUCCUAAUGUCAGUGAAUGUAAUCGGACAACGAAUGGAUUUCUAUGCCAUGAUUCAUGCCUGCUGGCUGAUCGCCGUCUUGUAUCGACGCCGAAGAAAAGCCAUUGCGGAGGUCUGGCCCAAAUACUGCUGCUUCCUGGCCUGCAUCAUCACCUUCCAAUAUUUCAUCUGCAUUGGCAUCCCCCCUGCUCCUUGCCGAGAUUACCCGUGGAGAUUCAAGGGUGCCAACUUCAAUGACAACAUCAUCAAGUGGCUGUACUUUCCGGAUUUCAUUGUGCGGCCCAACCCUGUAUUUCUUGCCUAUGACUUCAUGCUGCUGCUGUGUGCCUCCUUGCAACGGCAGAUUUUUGAGGAUGAAAAUAAAGCCGCGGUGCGAAUCAUGGCUGGGGACAACGUCGAGAUUUGUAUGAACCUUGAUGCAGCCUCAUUCAGUCAACAUAACCCUGUACCUGAUUUCAUUCACUGCAGAUCUUACUUAGACAUGUCCAAAGUGAUUAUCUUCAGCUACCUCUUCUGGUUCGUCCUUACCAUUAUCUUCAUUACUGGAACAACCAGGAUCAGCAUAUUUUGCAUGGGUUACUUGGUGGCCUGCUUCUACUUCCUGCUUUUUGGGGGCGAUUUACUACUAAAACCCAUCAAGAGCAUUCUGCGCUACUGGGACUGGCUGAUUGCAUACAACGUUUUUGUGAUUACAAUGAAAAACAUACUGUCAAUAGGAGCAUGUGGAUACAUUGGAACAUUGGUUCAAAAUAGUUGCUGGUUGAUCCAGGCUUUCAGUUUGGCCUGCACAGUCAAAGGCUAUAAAAUGCCUGAUGAUAAUUCACCCUGCAAACUGCCCAGUGGUGAAGCAGGAAUUAUUUGGGAUAGCAUAUGUUUUGCCUUCCUCCUGCUGCAAAGAAGAGUUUUCAUGAGUUAUUAUUUCCUACAUGUUGUGGCUGACAUAAAAGCUUCACAGAUCCUGGCUUCAAGAGGAGCUGAACUAUUCCAGGCCACAAUUGUAAAAGCUGUGAAGGCAAGGAUUGAGGAAGAAAAAAAGUCCAUGGACCAACUGAAGAGACAGAUGGAUCGCAUCAAGGCCAGGCAGCAGAAAUACAAAAAGGGUAAGGAGAGGAUGCUGAGCUUGACUCAGGAGUCAGGGGAAGGCCAGGACAUCCAAAAGCUCUCUGAAGAGGAUGAUGAAAGAGAAGCAGAAAAACAGAAAGCCAAGGGCAAAAAAAAGCAGUGGUGGCGGCCUUGGGUUGAUCAUGCUUCCAUGGUCAGGAGUGGAGAUUAUUAUUUGUUUGAAACGGACAGCGAAGAGGAGGAAGAAGAAGAAUUAAAGAAGGAAGAUGAAGAACCUCCCCGAAAGUCAGCCUUCCAGUUUGUUUAUCAAGCCUGGAUUACUGAUCCUAAAACAGCACUCCGACAGAGACGCAAAGAGAAAAAGCGGUCUGCAAGAGAAGAACAGAAGCGAAGGCGAAAAGGAUCUGGGGAAGGUCCUGUGGAAUGGGAAGGCCGAGAGGAUGAACCAAUCAAAAAGAAAUCUGAUGGACCAGAUAAUAUUAUCAAGAGGAUAUUUAAUAUUCUGAAGUUCACCUGGGUCCUGUUUCUGGCAACAGUGGAUAGUUUCACCACUUGGCUCAACUCCAUUUCAAGGGAGCAUAUCGAUAUAUCUACAGUCCUGAGAAUUGAAAGGUGCAUGCUGACCAGAGAAAUUAAGAAGGGAAAUGUUCCGACCCGGGAGAGCAUCCACAUGUACUAUCAGAACCACAUUAUGAACCUGUCCAGGGAGUCAGGGCUGGACACAAUUGACGAGCGACCUGAGACUGCUUCAGGUGCACAGACUGCCCACAGGAUGGACAGCUUAGACUCCCAUGACAGUAUCUCCAGCUGCUACACUGAAGCAACCAUGCUGUUCUCAAGGCAGUCUACCCUUGAUGAUUUAGAUGGACCAGAAACUGUUCCUAAAACAAGCGAGCGUGCUCGGCCUAGGCUCCGUAAAAUGUUCAGCAUGGAUGUGUCCUCCUCAUCAGCUGACAGUAGCAGUUUAGCAUCAAGUGAGCCCACACAGUGUACCAUGCUGUACUCACGCCAGGGGACCACUGAGACCAUCGAGGAAGUAGAGGCUGAGCAGGAAGAGGAAGUGGUGGACGCUGAGCCCGAGCUCGAACUUGCGGAGGCCAAGGAGGAGUAUGAGACCGAGUAUGAAGUGGGGGUGGAGGAGGCUGGCCUCACUCCUGAGGAUGAGCUGCCCCAGUACUCCACCAUGGAUGGGGACGUGGAGGCACCACCCUCCUACAGCAAGGCCGUCAGCUUUGAGCACCUUUCCUUUGGCUCUCAGGAUGACUCUGGAGCCAAGAACCACAUGGUGGUCAGUCCAGAUGACAGCCGCACCGACAAGUUGGAGUCGAGCAUCUUACCUCCCUUGACUCAUGAACUGACAGCCAGUGAGCUGCUGCUGAACAAGAUGUUUCAUGAUGAUGAGCUAGAAGAGUCAGAGAAGUUCUAUGUGGGCCAGCCACGGUUCUUGCUGUUGUUCUAUGCCAUGUAUAACACGCUGGUGGCCCGCUCGGAAAUGGUGUGCUAUUUUGUGAUCAUCCUCAACCACAUGGUUUCUGCCUCCAUGAUCACCCUCCUGCUCCCUAUUCUCAUCUUCCUCUGGGCCAUGCUGUCUGUCCCCAGGCCCAGCCGAAGGUUCUGGAUGAUGGCCAUUGUCUACACUGAGGUGGCAAUUGUAGUCAAGUAUUUCUUCCAAUUUGGCUUUUUUCCUUGGAAUAAGAAUGUGGAAUUGACCAAAGAUAAACCUUACCACCCUCCAAAUAUCAUAGGAGUGGAAAAGAAGGAAGGUUAUGUGCUUUAUGACCUCAUCCAGCUCCUGGCUCUGUUCUUCCACCGAUCAAUUUUGAAGUGUCAUGGCUUAUGGGAUGAAGAUGACAUUAUUGAAAGUAGCACAGACAAGGAUGAGUCUGAUGAUGAACUCUCCCUCGGUCAUGGCAGAAGAGACUCCUCUGACUCCCUGAAGUCCAUCAACCUGGCUGCCUCAGUGGAGUCCGUGCACGUGACCUUUCCCGAGCAGCAAAUGGCUGUCAGGAGGAAACGUUCCACCAGCAGCUCCCAAAUAUCUCCGAGAUCCAGCUUCUCCUCAAAUAGAUCCAAAAGAGGCAGCACAAGCACCCGAAACAGCAGUCUUAAAGGAAGCAGUGUUUUGAGCAUUAAACAAAAAAGCAAAAGGGAACUUUAUAUGGAAAAGCUUCAAGAACAUUUAAUCAAAGCAAAAGCAUUUACCAUAAAGAAGACUCUGCAAAUAUAUGUGCCCAUCAGACAGUUCUUCUACAACCUCAUCCACCCAGACUAUAGCGCUGUGACUGAUGUGUACGUGCUCAUGUUCCUGGCAGACACUGUGGACUUCAUCAUCAUUGUCUUUGGCUUCUGGGCCUUUGGGAAACACUCGGCUGCUGCAGACAUCACCUCUUCGCUCUCGGAGGACCAAGUCCCUGGGCCGUUUUUGGUGAUGGUCCUCAUUCAGUUUGGGACCAUGGUGGUGGACCGAGCGCUCUACCUACGGAAGACUGUAUUGGGAAAGGUCAUUUUCCAGGUCAUCCUUGUGUUUGGAAUUCACUUCUGGAUGUUCUUCAUCCUGCCUGGUGUGACUGAGAGGAAAUUCAGCCAGAACCUGGUAGCUCAGCUCUGGUACUUUGUGAAGUGCGUCUACUUUGGGUUGUCGGCCUACCAAAUCCGCUGUGGCUACCCAACACGAGUCCUGGGAAACUUCCUCACAAAGAGCUACAACUAUGUCAACCUCUUCCUGUUUCAAGGGUUCCGCCUGGUUCCAUUCCUGACAGAGCUGCGAGCGGUGAUGGACUGGGUGUGGACAGACACAACCCUGAGCCUGUCUAGCUGGAUCUGCGUGGAAGACAUCUAUGCUCACAUAUUCAUCCUGAAGUGUUGGCGGGAGUCAGAAAAGAGAUACCCCCAGCCUCGGGGCCAGAAGAAAAAGAAAGUGGUGAAGUAUGGCAUGGGGGGCAUGAUCAUCGUGCUGCUCAUUUGUAUCGUCUGGUUUCCUCUUCUCUUCAUGUCUUUGAUCAAAUCCGUCGCAGGAGUCAUCAACCAGCCUUUGGAUGUCUCCGUCACAAUUACCCUGGGAGGGUAUCAGCCUAUUUUCACGAUGAGCGCCCAACAGAGCCAAUUAAAAGUUAUGGACCAAACAAAGUUUAACAAAUUUCUAAAAGGUUUUUCUAAGGACACCGGUGCUAUGCAAUUUUUGGAAAAUUAUGAAAAAGAAGACAUAACAGUAGCAGAACUGGAAGGAAACUCAAAUUCUUUGUGGACCAUCAGCCCUCCCAGUAAGCAGAAAAUGAUACACGAACUCACGGACCCCAAUAGUAGCUUCUCUGUUGUUUUUUCAUGGAGUAUUCAGAGAAACAUGAGUCUGGGUGCAAAAGCAGAAAUAGCAACAGAUAAGCUUUCUUUUCCUCUUCAAAAUAUUACACGAGAAAAUAUAGCCAAAAUGAUAGCUGGCAAUGACACAGAAAGUUCAAAAACUCCAGUGACAAUAGAAAAGAUCUACCCAUAUUAUGUGAAAGCACCCAGUGAUUCCAACUCAAAACCCAUAAAGCAACUUUUAUCUGAAAAUAAUUUCAUGAAUAUCACCAUCAUUUUGUCCAGAGACAAUACAAGUAAAUCAAACAGUGAGUGGUGGGUUCUCAACCUGACUGGAAAUAGAAUAUACAACCAGGACUCUCAGGCCUUGGAGCUGGUGGUCUUCAAUGACAAAGUCAGCCCCCCCAGUCUGGGGUUCCUGGCUGGCUAUGGUAUCAUGGGAUUAUAUGCUUCAGUUGUCCUGGUGAUUGGGAAAUUCGUUCGUGAAUUCUUCAGUGGGAUUUCUCACUCCAUCAUGUUUGAAGAGCUUCCAAACGUGGAUCGAAUUUUGAAGUUGUGCACAGAUAUUUUUUUAGUUCGAGAGACAGGAGAAUUGGAACUAGAAGAAGAUCUCUAUGCCAAAUUAAUAUUCCUGUACCGUUCACCAGAAACAAUGAUCAAAUGGACUAGAGAAAAAACAAAUUGAUACCUUAGGAACACAGACUGCAAAUAAAGUUACCAUUUGAAUUUUUUUAAAAAAAGCACAAUAUUCUCCUAAGAGCUAAGCAUUUCUAGUUCGAUGGAAAUGAUUUCUCUUCUGACAGGUGGCCCAAAGGAGCUACUUCCUUCUGCAGGAGAAGCUACUUUGCAAGGUAAGGCACUGUUGAAGAAGUUAUUUGUAAUUCCAUUUCUCCGACAUUAGGGCUACUUGCUUUAUGUUUUAGUCAACAGUGUCUUGCAUUCUGAUUGACUAUGUGAAGGAAUCACUUAUGAGCCCAUUCCCUCAGAGAAACAGAAGAGAAGAAGGAAAGACACCCCAUGUUUUUCUCUGGCGGGACCUUUCCUGGGGAGAUGCUAUAAUGCACUAUACAGCUCUCUAUCACCGCUGGGGAAGCUGCAGUGAUGAGACUAGCUGAGUCUUCAGCACAUCGAAUUAUGCAACAGCAAUAGGAGGCUGGAAACUCCUAAACGUGUUUCUAGGGAGAACAGAGAGAAGGAACCAAUGCUCCGUGAAGAUGCCAGUGGGAGGAUAAGCCUCAUUCUAAGCAAAAAGUAACAUUAGUAAUACUCUUACUGCCUUAUCUUAACUGAAGAUUAAUAAGAAAUCUUUCCAUUUAACACCAGUGACUUCUCAGGAAAAAAAUUUAAAAAGCAGCAAAACAAAUAGGUGGGCACCUGCUUGGUGGAAGUUCAACAGUGACUCUCUUCAAUGAUGGCGACCACUCUGCUUUAGAGUUAGCGCUCCUCACAGAAAGCAAAGAAGAGACAGAAAGGUAAAAGCCAACCUAGUUGGAUAUGGAACACUUUGACUUUGUAGCUCUUUAAUAACUGAGGUCAUGACCGUCUUCUUCCUCUCCCCAUUCCCCAACAGGCUUUCUCCCAUUUCGAUGAUUUCAGGCAAUGGUUUUUCCAGUAUGUGACAUUUUCCUUCCUGUUUUUCAGGUAUAUCAGAGUUUACAUAUUCCAAUUCACAUUUUUACAUCUGAGACGGGUUUUUUAAGUUCAUAAUUAUGAAAGAAAUAUGUAUAUUGAGCUUGGGGAAAUAAAAAUGGCCUUUUCUUAAAUUAUUAUUAUUGGUAAUACAACCUCUUCAUGACAUAACAAUGUAGCAUGAAAAAUUUAUGAGUGAAAUGUAGUUUUCAUUCCAUAUUAAAAUACAGUUUCCGAGAAGAAUCACUGAAUGGGCUAGAAUAUGUCAAAAAAAAAAAUGAUCCUGUGUAGUUUGGAUUCAGGGCUGACUUGAAAUAAAGCACAUCUU